GGGAUUAUUUUGUAAAGCUGUGAUUCACGCUGCUUCCACAUCUGUUGGAUAACAUUUUACCCCACAUGAUCCACCGGCCAUAAAUCCAACACAGACAGUCCAAGGGCUUUCUCCUGGCGCACGAGCUCAAGCUAGCCUUGUUGACUAGUUAGCUUCGUCUGGUGGCCACACCGGCCUCACCACGUCCAAACUGUACCACGGAUUCAGAGGAGGACGCGGCGAAUGGAGGGAUGCACACCUUCAACCAGACGCACAUGAGGAAGGCUUUCCAGCUGAUGAACGACCUGAGGAGUAAAAAGAUGCUGUGUGACGUCCAGCUGGUGGCGGGGAGUGUUGAAGUGCCAGCUCACAGGGUGGUCCUGGCGUCCUGUAGCCCCUACUUCUGUGCCAUGUUCACAGGUGACAUGAGUGAGAGCAAGGCCCAUCAGGUGGAGAUCAGAGAGGUGGACGGACAGACCCUGAGAAAACUGGUCGACUACAUUUACACCGCUGAGAUCGAGGUCACAGAGGACAACGUCCAGGUUCUGCUGCCAGCAGCCAGCCUCCUCCAGCUGAUGGAUGUUCGUCAGGUUUGUUGUGAGUUCCUACAGUCUCAGCUUCACCCCACCAACUGUCUGGGCAUCAGAGCCUUCGCUGACCUGCACACAUGCACACAGCUUCUCAACCAGUCCCACGCAUACGCCGAGCAGCAUUUCACUGACGUGGUGCAGGGAGAGGAGUUUCUAGGCCUUUCUCUGCAGCAGGUGUGCAGCCUCAUCUCCAGUGACAAACUCACGGUUUCCACGGAGGAGAAGGUGUUUGAGGCUAUGAUAGCUUGGAUUAAGCACGAUAAGCCAGCUCGUCUGGAGUACAUGCCCAAACUGAUGGAACACGUCAGACUUCCACUACUGUCCAGGGAUUACCUGGUACAGAUUGUCGAGGAAGAGGCUUUGAUAAAGAACAACAACACCUGUAAAGAUUUUCUCAUAGAAGCAAUGAAGUAUCACCUGCUGCCAGCAGACCAGCGGCACCUCAUCAAGACAGACAGGACCCGACCACGAACUCCUAUCAGCAUCCCAAAAGUGAUGAUUGUGGUGGGUGGUCAGGCUCCUAAGGCGAUCCGCAGUGUGGAGUGCUACGAUUUCCAGGAAGAUCGAUGGUACCAGGUAGCCGACCUGCCUUCAAGACGCUGCCGGGCAGGUGUGGUUUCCAUGGCAGGCCGUGUGUAUGCAGUUGGGGGGUUCAACAGUUCACUGCGGGAGCGAACGGUGGACGUGUACGACGGAGUGAGAGACCAGUGGAGUGCGGUGGCAAGCAUGCAGGAGAGACGCAGUACACUGGGAGCUGCUGUGUUGGCAGAUUUACUGUACGCCGUGGGGGGCUUCAAUGGAAGUAUAGGUUUAUCGACAGUAGAAGCCUUCAAUUAUAAAACUGACGAGUGGAUGUAUGUAGCAUCCAUGAACACCCGACGCAGCAGUGUGGGUGUCGGGGUGGUCGAUGGUAAGUUGUAUGCAGUAGGAGGCUAUGAUGGAGCAUCCCGUCAGUGUCUCAGUACAGUGGAAGAAUAUGACCCUGUCAGUGAUCAGUGGUGCUAUGUAGCUGACAUGAGCACACGGCGCAGUGGAGCAGGGGUAGGUGUGUUGGGUGGUCAGCUGUAUGCAGCAGGAGGACAUGACGGCCCUCUGGUGAGGAAGAGCGUUGAGGUGUACGACCCACAGAGCAACACCUGGAGACUGGUCUGUGACAUGAACAUGUGCCGACGAAACGCAGGUGUCUGUGCCAUAAACGGGCUGCUGUAUGUGAUUGGAGGAGACGACGGGUCCUGUAACCUCUCCUCUGUAGAGUUUUACAACCCGGCCUCAGACAAGUGGAGCCUCAUCCCCACAAACAUGAGCAAUGGACGCAGCUAUGCUGGAGUUGCAGUGAUUGACAAGCCAUUAUGACCAGGGUGCCUCCCACAGCAUCAGCUCUGCUUCGGCAGCUGGUUUCACAGAGACUCACGCUGACGUCUGAAGCUCAACAGGCAAACGGAGAAGAAAAGGCCUUAGAUAAACACUGUCCAAAUGGACGAGACGCCCUCGAUCAUCAGCUGACUUAAUAAUCAAGGAUGCAUCUUGAGGAGUUUUUUGGCGCUAAACCACAGCCUGAUUUUGUUGCUAUGUCCAAGCCAUUUCCAUUAGCGAGAUCCUGACUUUUAAAGACACUGUUGCACUGGAUUAGAAACUAUAGCCACAGGAUAGUGGGCUUAUAAGAACCUUGUCUUGGUGAGAAAGUUUUCAAAUGCCAAGCAUAUAACAAGUGGCUGUAUCAGCUGACAUAAGACUCACGCAGAUGCUGAUGUUAGAAAGACUUUGGAAGGAACUGACAUACAUGGGCCAAACGGAGCGGCGUGCUUUAGAUGCUCGGUGGUGUAACGGCGGCGUUCAUGUGAUGCACCGUAUCAAACCUGGGAAACUGAAUACUUUAAAACACCAGCUGAGAGAAACAUUCACUCCAUCAAAUAACUGAACCAGCUUUGCUGUUUGCUGGUUUCAGGCAGACUAGCUGCUUACAGCGUUAACAGUGUUGCUGCAGUUAUCAUGACAUUGCGACACUGAGCCGUGAUUGGCUGUUGCAGGAGCAUUAUCCAAAAUCCUGGGCACACGAGGGGACCCUUUUUUACUCUUAUUAUUAUUAUUAUUAUUAUUAUGAGACUUGCCAGAGUUCCCUAGAAUAUAAAUGGCAACUAUUUGCUCAGCUUGAUUUUGAGAAAUGAACCAAGUUGUUUGACUCCUGUGCCGACCGUCUGCAGGUCCAGCUGUUGGACUCUACGAAAACCUGCAAGAUAAUUUAAAGAAUGUAGAAAACAUCUUAUAUGCAAAUCAGCUAUCAUAUUUAAUAUUUUUGAGAUUGUUUUUAAAGAGGUUGAAGACCACUGCAGUGUGGCUUUAGACCCAGGCCAGUUGAUCUGAUUCGACACAGUAGGACUUGAUUCUGUUGUCGACACACUACUGAUGCCCUGAUCAAUUGCACUGACUGAUGCAGACCGAUGUCUGCCCGUCUCUCUGACGGACCAACUGGAUCACCAGCCUGCUGUCAGACAGACGGCUGCUCAGCUGUCUGUCUCUGUUACUGAUCGUACUCAUGGAAGCAUUUGAACUCACCACUUAAAAGCCAAUAAUCUCAUCCGAAAUUGUAAAAAUGUGCCAGUUAUGAUGAUCAGAAUAAUGCUGGGGUCACAUGGUGUUUUUAUCUCUUCGUAACAAACUGAAAUGAUGCAUUGUUUCUAUUCAUUAUCUAAGGGAGUGUGUCAAAAUGCACUGUAGAAAUUCAACUGUAAAAUUAUAAUGAAAAAGAUGCAGGUUUAAGAUUUUCUAUUUAUUGUUUUGGGACAAUUGAUCACAUAGCAUUUAUUCAUAUCAAAGUGAGGUUCCCAUUUCAUUUUCUCAGCCUAGACUUACACUUAUCAUUCAGACGAUGGUGGGUAUAUCUUAGAUGUAGUUAUUCAGUUGACUGACUGGUGCCAUAGCUUUUGAAGAAAAUAAUUUUAUUGAAGAAAGGUGUCCUCAGCCAACCUUUCAUUUCUGCCUGCAAUCAUGGAGUAUCUGGACGGCCAUUUCAACGCCCUCUGACAAAACAAGUACAUAAAAGACCAUACUAUUGUUUUUGUAUGUUUAGUCAAUUUACGUCAUGUAACACACAAGUCCCAUCUGUUACAAGUCCUACAUUUAGAUUGAUUAAUGUGUUUUUCAUGUCUUCCAGGAAGUUAGUUAGUGUUGGUUUCAGUUCAUAUGAUUACAGUGUAAAACUCAACUUGGAGUGACUUGAAACUCACUGUGAAUAUUCCAACCAGACAGGACAAUUGGGACGGGAUCUGGAGCAAACCGUUAUAGUUAGUGCAACAGCAACGUUUUGACAUGCUUCAUGUUGAAGACGCGCUUGUGCUCCAAAUUCCCAGAGCACCGCUCCAGAUCCUACUUGACAUUUUUGACAGUUAUCAUUGUGUAGUAAUGCAGGUAAAUAGCACGGAUUGCGUUCAUGUGUCUGCAGGUGGGAAAUGCCACUUCAGCAUGCACAAGCUAUAAUGUCAGAAAAUCCAAAAGCCCAACAGUUGAGCAUGGAGUGAUAUUAGCAGCUGCUUGUAUCAAAUUUUGCAGCCAAAUUUCAAUCCUUGUGCUGUGUUUGAAACCGCUCUCGCAUUCAUUCAUUCACUAUUUCCUAUAUUAUAGACACUCAAUAGUAAUGUAAUAAUACAUUCGAGAUUUCGUUGAUGAUGAUGUCGUGGCAGAGGUGAAAUGUGGGAUUUUUAAAUCAAAAAUUAUACUUUUUCGUUCCAUUGUGGGAAUGUUUGAGGGCACUAUAUGGAGCAUUAAUUGCACACUGAGAAUUUGACACUUAAACAAAAUGACGGAAGGUAAAUAAAUGUACUCUGCAGCAAAUCGAGGGUGAUUUCAAGCACAGCCUUGGAUGUUGAAGCCUCCCAUCAGCAUCUAAACCUACCAGAGGGAAAACUUUACUUUCUUCACUGCGUUACUAGCUUAAAAUAAAAACUCACAGUUCACCUGCAUGAGUCAUCUAUCCGAAGCAAAUUCAAGUCUCUAUAAGUUGAUGUUCAUAUUGUUCUGAAGAAAAUGGAAACCAGUGGCUGGACUGUAUUUUCAGUCUAAAAGCACAGUUAUACUGUAGACAAUAAUUGACAGUAAGUUCUAACUAUUAAUGAAGAUGGGCUAAAACAUCCAAAAAACACCAGUAUGGUUGAGGUUCAAAGUUCAUUCCUGACCUUGGAAACAGAAGUUGGCAAAACAAUUUCACCUCAAGGUCCAUUUAGUAGGUGUUCUGGGGCUUUUGACCAUAUCACACCGCCCUCAUUAGCAGAUUGAGUUUUCUUAGUUACCAUGGAGCUGUUGAUGUUCAAACUUCCCACGACUUAGGACUUCUCAUUUGUGUUUACUUCAAAGUUGAACUCUGAACCUCAACUGGCGAGGACUUGGUCAAAAGCUCCAGAACAGCUACUAAAUGGACCUUGAAGUGAGUGAAAUGUUCUCACUAAGCGCAGAUGUUAUAUUUUUAAUAUCAUAAACUGUCUAAGUUGCUAUUUUGUAAGUUCGUUAAUUGACGUGUGUUCGGGAGAUCAUGUGGUUUGUGAAGGUUGAACUUGUGCGAUGUACUUACAGGUGAUAUGUAAACCUUCAAACUUGAAAUAAUUUUAAUUAACACAAAUACUAAGCACGCUUACUUUGCAAAAAACAAAAAAAAGCUCUAAGCUGACUUGUGCUUCUUUGUCUGAAAUUGUAAAAUUAUGCAUUUAGCACUUUAGGAUGUUUUAUAUGAAAUCUGUCACACAAACGUUGACUUUGUGUUGAACGGACAGAAAAACAUUUUUUCUUUAAGAGCACACUGGAGUUGGAUUUCGACACGGCAGAUUUUUUCCUCAGCAUGGAGUGAGCAGGUGUACACAGAUGGUUUACAUCAACCUGUAGCGUCGCCUUUUGGCUUCUCACUGCAGAUUAUUGUUCAAGUGAAGAUGAUGUUGGUUUGGUGGGAAAUGUCCGUUAACAAUAAGGAAUUUUACUACACAAAAUAGUAUCCGCCUUUAAAGUAAAAAUACACCUGAUUUGUGAAGUUAAUGAUAGCACAAAAUUAAAAUACAAAAACAUGGUGAUAUAUUUUUAGGACAGUGGAAAACUUUAUCUAAAUCAUAAGUGCAUCCUCUACAUAUCCUAUAAUAUUAUAACACAUUUACUCAAGUACUGUCCUAAAGUACAACUUUGAGGUACUUUACUACUUCUACUUACCUACAUAUCAGAGGGAAAUAUUGUAGUUUUUACAGCACUGCGUUUAUCUGACAGCUGGAGUUACUAGUUACUUGCAGAUUCAGAUUAAUAAUUAAAAAUAUAAUCAGCAAAUAAAUUAUGAAGUAUUAUUAAAGGUUAAGACUUUAUUCAUCCCAGAAAAUUGACAAGCUACCCAGCAGCAUAUAAAGUUCCACCUUUACCAGAAUGCAAUAAUAUAAUAUACGUUAUUCUUAAAUGGGCUAUUCUGCAGAAUGAGUACUUUUACUUUUGGUACUUUAAGUAUAUUUUGAUGCGAAUACUUUUGUACUUUUGCUUAAGUAAAGCAGGACUUUUACUUGUAACAGAGUAUUUCUACACUGUGGUAUUACUACUUUUACUUAAGUAAAAGAUCUGAGUACUUCUUCCACGACUGGAAAUUAGAAAUAUUGAAUUUUUAUUAUUAUUGUAAUUGUUAUGUGACACCAGUUUUGCAGCUGGGUCGAAUGAGUUUCAAUGGUCUUUAAAAACAUUUACACAACCGUGGUGGUGAUUUUUUUUUUUUUUUUUCAUGCAAUGCAUUCAAAAGUAAUAAGAAAAUCUUCACUUCUUCAUUAAGAUGUUAAAAUAAAUAUGGAAACAUCUCACCUCAGUCAGCAGCACUCAGUAUGUAAGAGAGUUAAAGGCGCAGGAGACUUAAAAUCAUAAAUAUGUUCGUUGUAUAGGUGCUCUUGUCAUCAGCGCUCCCAUGUUUGCUUUUUUAACUUAAAUGUCAUAAUUUGUCAAAUUCUGGGUGUUUAAAGAAAGCUGCACAUAGAAAAAGGUCCACAUAUUCAAUAUUCUGUAGUACUGCUCUUCUCUGGGCGUGGUCUUUGUUGUUUGAUUGACAGGUGCAAUUAGUCUAAUUACCAACUCGCUGACCUCUCUGUACUGCUGAACAACGCCAUGACUGUUACAGGAGAGACGUGUCCAUUUGGCUCAAUUUUUCAUCAUAAAAAAUCCUAAUAAAGAUAUUACAAGGAG